AUGCGAUUCAAAGCUGAGUCCUUCGAGCCCGGCGGCGGGGCGGGGCGGCGGCCAUGUUCUCGAAGCGUGUCUCUCCCUUCAACAAGCCGGGCCUCCCUGUGGCAGGCGAAGGUCCUGCUCGCCCUGUGGACCUUCCCCGGCAGCUGGGUGACGUACUACAGCAACUCGUUCCGCGGCGGCUGCUCCAUGGCCAAGAACUUCGCGCCCGAGCGGUGGCGCCGCGUGUCCCUCAUGCUGUUCGGCCACGAGAACGCCGAGUGCCCCUUCCCGCCGAUCAGGGUGGACGUCAGCAACUUCACGAUAGAGAACCGGGGCGGCCAGGGCAUGCUGAAGGAGUUCAUCUACGGCCGGUGGAAGGUGGAGAACCAAAUCUUUGAUUUCACCAACAACCGCGCCGUGUCGUGCGGCCGCGCCAUCGUCCGCGUCGUGCCCAAGCAGAAGGAGAAGCCCAUGCCGGCCGUGGUGCCGGCCUUCGACAACUCCGAGUCGGUGUCCAUCGAGCUGCUGGAGCCGGCCGACGCGCCGCCCUGAGCGCCGCCCUUUUUGCUUAUUUAUAACUAGUGUAGGCACAAUAAAAAUCGGGAUGCGAUUCAAA